GUCAUAUCCAAACGACACUUUAGCAUGUAGGGUUAAAGAAGGAGCUAGCAAGACAAGGCAGCUUUAAAGUCUUGAUGAAAGUGUUAGUCGUGGAGGUAAAACGCGGUUUUGUCGAUGCUGUUUGAGCUUUAUACAGUUUAAUUUAACAGUGACAGUGGAUUUUGCCGUAGAUAUUUAUCACAGAAUUCGAUCCAAGUGUAAAAUGAGCGUCGCCAAUCAAGGAAGUCACCCAGCUGGUGGACAAAAGUAGCUAGCUCGCCGUUAGCAGGAGUUCUUUUGUUUUGGUGUUGAGGUGCAUGUUUUUUGUGGAAACAUGAGCUGAAACUCUUAACCACUAACUCUGAGAAGUAUCCGUGGGAGUUGCAUAAACAUGCAUAGGAUGUCUUUGGAGUGAAUUAACCCUGUUUUGUGACAUCAGAAUAAAAACAACAAGCCACCGCGGGCGUCGUUGGUAUUUCAGAGGGUCUUUUUUGUGGAAACCCUGAACCAGGAGUAGAUUAAAAAAUGGGGAACUGCCUGAAAUCCCCGACAUCGGACGACAUCUCUCUGCUUCAUGAAACCCAGUCGGACAGGGCGAGUUUCGGGGACGUGACAGAUGCCGACUUGGAGCCACCUCCGCCUUACCAGGAGCAGUCUCACAUGCCCAUGUACCAUCCCACACCCAGCCAGACCCGUCUAGCCACCCAGCUGACAGAGGAGGAACAGAUCCGCAUCGCCCAGCGCAUCGGACUGAUCCAGCACCUGCCCAAAGGCGUGUAUGACGGAGGGCAAGACGGCUCGGAGAAAAAGAUCAGAGAGUGUGUGAUCUGCAUGCUGGACUUCGUCUACGGCGACCCGGUGCGGUUCCUGCCAUGCAUGCACAUCUACCACAUGGACUGUAUAGACGACUGGCUUAUGAGGUCCUUCACCUGCCCCUCCUGCAUGGAGCCCGUCGACGCCGCCCUCCUGUCCACCUACGAGACCAACUAAUGCUCUCAGUUUAAAAACAACACGAAAAAAGGUUGGGUGUUGUCUUGCCAUGCACUUUCAAACAAAUAAAGCCGUAAGAAAGUUCCACAAUACUAGAUUGGUUUGCACCACUUGAGCCGGCCUCGGUGGUCACUUAACUGUAAAUUAUUGACCCUCAUUGGAGGUGCAACAUAACAAAAAAGCAUACAAUUAUGAGCUGAAAUUCUAUUUAUGAAUACUGAUUGGCUGUCAUAUAUCAUUCCCUUACACAGGGAUAUAAUCCAUAGGAAAUACGUAAAGGCAAAAGUACACAGAAAAUACUAUAUAAGCAUAAAUAGGUUGUGAAUGUUACUUGGUUGGGUGUGUAAA